AUUCUCUCCAGGAAUGGGGACCCAACCCUCCCUGAUCCCGUUGAACACUUCCCAACCCUUUUUCCGUGGAAAACUCAUCCCAAAUUUUCCUCCCUGGCACAGCUUGAGGCCGUUCCCUCUUGUCCUGUCCCAUUCCCUGGGAUCAGAUCCCAAAUUUCUCCCGGCUUGCCCCCAGGUUUUGGGGUCACUCUGGCGACCCAGAUGUGGGGUCAGUGUCCCAUUGGUCACCGGGACAGCUUUGGGGUCACUCCAUUGGGGUCUCUCUGGUGGGGAUUUGGGGGAUCCAUGCCAUGCUGGGGGAGGUGUCCCUGUCAGGCUGUCUGUGACAGGCUUGUGACACCCCCCAAAAAUGGAAACAGGAACAGGAACCGGAACCCCAUGACGUGGUCUCUGCCGCUUGCCUUCAGCUCCUCCCCCGGUUUUUGGGGGAUUUUGGGGGGCUCCGUCCUCGGGGGUCUUUGGGGGUGGGGGUUUGGGCGUGUCCCACCCGCGGAGGUGACACUGGGGACAGGAGAUGGUGCUGGGGCUGAAGCUGAACCUCCCCUUCCUCCUCUUCAUCGUGCAAGCGUGGGCACAAGAACCCCAACCCUUGGAGGUGAACGGAGCCGUCGGUGGGGUGGCAUUUCUGAACCCCCACAGCCCCCAAGAUCCCUUGGAAUAUUCCCAAAUCCAUUGGCGCUGGAAAAACCAGGUGACAAUCGCCAUCCGGAAACAGGGGCAGGAGCCCAGGUACCCCCAGAGCCGCUUUUGGGGCCGUCUGGAGCUUUUUGACAACCACACCCUAAAAAUGAGUAACCUGAGCCUCGGGGACAGCAGCGAGUACAGCCUGUACCUGGAGGAUGACACCGGCAAGGAGAGCGUCCAGAGGGUCCGGCUGAGGGUCUACGGUGAGCUUGGGGACAGGGAGAUGUCCCUGAGCUCCAUGGAUCUGGUCCCGAAGCCCCACGUGGGGGCCACCACCAGCGGCGACGCCCGGCAGUGCAACGCCACCCUCAGCUGCUCCGUGCCCCUCCAGGGCGUCACCUACGAGUGGAUCCCGCACCAGAAGCUCUCGAGGAACGACGGCCCCGUCCUGAGCGUGUCCUUCAACCCCGCCGUGGAGACCUACGUGUGCCGGGUCAGCAACCCCGUGUCCUCCAACAACGCCUCGCUGACCUACCGGCCGCCCUGCAGCUGGACAGGGGAAUCCUCCUCUGUCACCUGUGCCACGCCCAGCGCCCUGGUGGCCCUGGGACAUCUCGUCCUCCUCUUCCUCCUGCUCCCCGUGGCCUGAGGACACUGCAGGUGACACCUCCUGUCACCUCCUGUCACCUCCUGUCACCUGCUGUCACCUCCUCACCUUCCACCGCCACGGGGACAACGCCUGGAUGAAGAUCCCAAAUCCCCGGAUUCAGAAAAACACAGUUGGUCAAGCGGAAUGGAAUCGCCAGAAUUGCUUCAUUUAUGGUUAAUUUGGAAAUGGGAAUAGUUUAAUUAACGGUUAAUUUGGAAAUCAGAAUAAUUUUAUUUAUGGUUAAUUUGAAAAUGGGUAUCAUUUAAUUUAUGUUUGUUAUGGAAAUGGGAAUAAUUUCAUUUAUGGUUAAAUUGGAAAUCAGAAUAGUUUAAUUUAUUGCUAAUUUGGCAAUCAGAAUAGUUUAAUUUAUGCUUUAUUUGGGAAUCGGAAUAGUUUCAUUAAUACCUAAUUUGGAAAUCGGAAUCAUUUCAUUUGUGGCUAAUUUGGAAAUGGGAAUAGUUUAAUUUAUGGUUAAUUUGAAAAUCAUCUCUGAACUAGAAUUCAGAAUCUGGAAUUUUUCCCUGAAAUCUGCAGGGGGACCCAAUCUGAGCAUUUCAUUCAGUUUUGGGGAAUUUUGGGGAAUCCUCCUUUUUUUUGGGAUGCCCUCAAAGAGCAGAGCUGUGGUGGCACCUUUGGUUUUCCUGGCUGGGGAGGGUUUGGGGUCAGUUUUGGUUUUUCCCAAACGUUUCUUUGCACAUUAAAUUUGAUUCUGGACACCACA